UCCGGCUCGCUGCGCCGAGCCCGUGCCCGCAAGAUGUCGCCGCCGCCGCUGCUCCUGCUGCUCCCGCUGCUGCUGCUGCCGCUGCUCUGGCCGCCGCCGGCCGCGGCCUCGGCCGGGAAGUACUCGCGCGCGGCCAACGAGGAGGGCGACGGGGGCGCGCCGGCGCCCUUCCGCCUGGUGCGCCUCAACCAGGUCUGGGAGAAGGCGCAGCGGCUGCAUCUUUCUGCUGUUAAGCUGGCCGAGCUGCACAGUGAUCUGAAGAUUCAGGAAAAAGAUGAGCUGAGCUGGAAAAAGCUGAAAGCCGAAGGGCUGGACGAGGACGGAGAAAAGGAGGCGAAGCUGCGGCGCAACCUGCACGUAAUUAUGGCAAAGUACGGGAUGAACGGGAAGAAAGAAGCAGCAGCACAGGCCACCAACUUCAUCAAAGAUGGCCUGGAAAACGAUAGCCUCGAGGACCCCAGGCUGGAGAAGCUGUGGAACAAGGCCAGGUCGUCGGGCAGGUUCCAGGAGGAGGAACUGGACAAGCUGUGGCGGGAGUUUGCUCACCACCGGGAGAAAGUGCGCGAAUACAACAUCCUGCUGGAGACGGUGCGCAGAGCCGAAGACACCCACAAGAACAUGAUCAACCCGCUGGAAGAGGAGCAGCUGCGCAAGGAGGAGCGCCUGCUCGGCCAGCACUCGGAGCUCAAGGAGCGCCUGCACAGCAUCAACCAGGGCUUCGAGCGCCUGCGCAGGGUCAGCCACCAGGGCUACGACGCCACCAGCGAGUUUGAGGAGCCCCGCGUGAUUGACCUGUGGGAUAUGGCGAAAUCCACCAAUUUUACAGAGAAAGAGCUUGAAUCGCUGCGGGAGGAGCUGAAACACUUCGAAGCGAAGGUGGAGAAGCACCACCAUUACCAGAAGCAGCUGGAGAUUUCGCACCAGAAGCUGAAGCACGUGGAGGGGACCGGCGACAAGGAGCACAUCGUGCGGAACAAGGAGAAGUACACCAUGCUGGAGGAGAAGACGAAGGACCUGGGCUACAAGGUCAAGAAGCACCUGCAAGAUUUGUCCAGCCGGAUUUCCCGGGGCCUUCAGCACAACGAGCUCUGACACUCUGCUGUUCCGGGGAGAUGCUUCUGCCCUGGCAGCCUGCAGCCCCAGUAUAUCCUGAGAUUUCUCUGACUAUCUGGAACUGAGGCACACUGCGCUGCCCCUGCCCUCUCUGGGCACUCCCCGAUCUCCGGCUCCCUUCUGUAUCAGCCGAGCGGUCACUCCUGCCCUAAUCUCUCGACCUGAGGCAGCAGAAACCGGCACGCCGAGGAGGAGGCCCCGCAUUGCCGGGAAGCGCGCUGGCAGGGAUGGAGCGCGGGUGGUUUUGGUCGACGGUGUCACUUUCCCUUUGAAUGAAGAAUGAGUGGAACGUGCUCCGAGA